AUGUGGAUAAACAACAUGAUGACUGAAACGAGUGAGGAGAUCAAUGCUUCCAACCGGCUGACUCGACCGCUUCCAAAGGUUCCAUCAACGUUUCGUCAAAUUAAACAGAACGAGACAUGCUAUGAUCCAUCGAUUGUCUCCAUUGGUCCCUAUCACCAUGGGAAGCCAAAACUCAUGGCGAUGGAGAAGCUCAAGAUUACAUUGGCUCGCCAGUUUGUCAAGGAUAGUGGAACCAACCAACAAGAAAAUAUGUACAAUCGGGUUUCACAAGUGGCCAGAGAAGUGAGGCAAUGCUAUGUGGAGGACACAGAAAUGAAGCAGUUCAAUGACGAGGAAUUUGCCAAGAUGAUGUUCCUCGAUGGUUGCUUCAUUCUCCAAUUCUUGUUCUGCCUUUUAGAGAAACCUGAAAACCUAAAGAUGUCUGGUCACGAUGUGGCUUUGGUUGCAAGGGAUUUGUUCUUAUUAGAGAAUCAAAUCCCUUUUAAAGUUCUGGAUGAAUUAAUGGAGUUGAGUUUGCUAACACAGUUUUCAAGUACUGUUCCAAAAUCCCAGGAAGAUAAGACGACUGCCACUCCCAAGCCUGCCCAUCUUCUAGAACAUUUUCAUCACAAAUUUGUUGCAAGGCGUAAUGAUGCCCCAGCUGUUAUCGGGUAUAAGGAUGAUUCUCCUAAGACCUGGUCUAGCCGGUAUUAUCCUGCAGAGGAGCUUAGGAAUGUUGGAAUCCAUUUCAAGCCAAGCACUCAUUUUUUCACUGAUGUCCGCUUCACACCAACAUUCCUCGCCGGAAGACUCUACAUUCCUCCACUAAGAAUAGAUGACUCAACCAAGCCCUUUCUCUUAAACCUAGUAGCCUAUGAAGCAUGCCUUGGUACAUCCAAUGAUUGGAUCACUUCCUAUGUAUGCUUCAUGGAUUCAUUGAUCGAUCACCAUAAAGAUGUGAAGGAGCUGCGGUCAAAAGGCAUACUUCUCAGUACUCUUGGAAGCGACAAACAGGUAGCAGAACUGUUCAAUGAGAUAUCAGAUUAUUUAGUGCCCAAUCCCUAUGCUUACAAGGAAGUUAAAAGAGCCAUUGAAGAUCAUUAUAGAAACGGCAUCAAGCGAUGGGUCCUUCACUAUAAAGGUCCUAUUUAUACCUUUAUUUUCAAGUAUUCAUUUAUAUAUGGCCUCAUAGUAACUGCCAUAAAGGGCUACGUAUCAUUAGUUCCGAAGAACCCAGUUUUCGGUAUCUGCAAAAUGGCCGCCACAAAUGUUACCCAUUGCCCUUAA